AUGGAUGUGGCGUCCUAUUUUAAAGCGGCACAAAGAGUAUUUUCCACUCUGUAUUACCUACUUUGCGUCAUAGCGCCCUGGUUUAAUGGAAACAAAAUCUCCAGGAUUCUUAAACUCUUGGUGGAUUCGGCAGAUUUGCAGAUAUUUCAGUACCACUGUUGGCUCAAAUCCAAACUGUUUUGCUAUACCGUUUUGGCCAGCUACCUCAUCUUCGUGCCUAGCUUCAUCAUUCUUGAAAGUACAGAAGGUAACUCAUCAUGGGAAGUUAUUCUCGGGGGACACGUUGCUUCGGCGAGAUAUGCCUUCUUCCUCUCCAACAAUAAGUCCACGAUUCCAUCCGGAAAUGAAAUAUCGCACGUUGACCUGCUAAUUUCCUCCAUUUUAUUUAUCGCUGCUGCCCUUUUUGAACUGCUAGGUUUCUUCUCAGACGGAUUGAUCAUCAUGAUGUGCAUCACCCUAUGGAUCCCUGCCAACGGGUUGGCCAGGCUGGUCAGAAAGUGUAAAGAUUAUGAAAAUGAGAUCCCCAAAGAGACAGAAAUCAUAAUGGAAAGUUAUCAAGUUGUGCGGACCCUGUCGAAAGCGAUAAAUGAAGCCAUGAACUUAAUUGUUUUCUUUUUCGUGAUGAUCAUUUUGCUCUAUUACUCAGUAAAUUUGGGGAAAAUCGUGGUCAUGGAGGAUUGGUCGGAAAGGUUUAUGUACAUAGUGCAAUUUUUCCAUAAUGCGCCCGUGUUUUGGAUAGCGGGAGAUAUCUGCUAUAAGGUGGGACGUUUAGUGGACUAUUUUUGGGGAAAGACUUGUUCAAUUCCGACCUCAACAUUGUCAUCAUGUCACUGUCGGGACAAUAAACACUCGACCAGGGACACGACAAUUAUUAGCCAACAACGCCUAACCCUAUUACUGUACCAACUAAAAUCGCAUUCGGUUGGAAUAAGUGCUCAUUUCUUUUACCUGCAUUAUGGAGCAGUUUUUAGCAUACUUGGAACAAUAGUGACAUAUUUUGUAAUUUGUGCAAAAAUGGUGGAGGACGUGAAAUAAGGGGGUCUGGUAUACCUUGAGUAUUUAGUACUUACACAUGUACUUAUUUAUUUUUGAUACAAUCUAUGAGUUCAUCUUGUUAUUUUUCUAAAUUAUGACAAGUACGGGUACGUAGAAAUGCAUAUUGAUAGCUAAAUAACACUAUCUAUUAUGUAAUCAACAUUGUUCAAAUUAAAUGUAAACAUUUUAUCAUUGUCAGAUUGUAUUCGUAAAUGCAAUAUAUGAUGCGAAAUUUAUGUUUGUAUAGUGGAUAAUUUCCAUGAAAAAAUAAAUGUCACAGCAUCAACUAAGUUGCAAUGGUUUACAGAAUCAUUUAGUCAAGCAAAUAGUGUACGACAAAUAUGCAAAUAAGCCUCCAUUUGGAAUGAAACUAUCGAUUCGUCGCAACUCACAAACCAUUUGGAGGGACAAUG